AUGGCCAACUACACCAGCGCUACGGAUCUAAAACAUGUAUCUGGGCUGCAAAGGCUCCGACGCCGACUCUUUUACAACAACCCCUCAGACGAAACAGAACUCCAACCGUUCAUUCAGGAGCCACUCGUCAAAAAGUCAGAGCUUUGGGGAUUCUUUCUUUUAGGAUUCGGUUACUACUCCUGGCCAAAUGUCUGCGCUUCGCUGUUACUCCCUAUUCUCCUUCAGGGCAUCGCCAGAGAUGCUUCCCACCUUGAAUCUAAUCCUUUGAUUGCUUGUCCGGACUUGGACUCAGACAUCCCUGCAGGUGAUCGGUGCCAGGUACCGUUCGGCUGGAUCCAUGUCACACCAACGUCGUAUGUGCUCCUGCUAAACGUCGUCUCAGUCUGGUGUACUAUCUUUGUGACAAUGGGCGUGUCCGCGCAUGCAGACCAUGGUCGGACAUCAAAAAAGAUUCUGUUGACUUUUAUCACGGCGCUGUGUGCGGUUGCCUGCCUGUUCUUUGUUGGCGCCCUGAGACCGGAGGUUUGGUGGUUCUCUGGAAUAGUUUAUGUCCUUGCGGCUAUCAUGUAUGGCGUCGGGCUCAAUUUUUAUGACGCCCACAUCUCCAUUUUGACAAGAUACCAUCCAGAUGUCGUCCGUGCUGAACUGGCCUACGGCGAGUCCGCCCCUGAAUACAUUGAUGCCAAGGUCAAUGUCCAGACAUUUCUUUCAGGCGGCUCCUCUGGCGCUGGAUACGCUGGCGGUUUGAUUCUCACAAUCUUCGUGGCUAUCAUCCUGUUAUUCACAGAUGCCAGUCUCCUGAUGGUCGGCUAUUGUGUAGUCAUGGCCGGCAUCUACAUAUUUAUCUUCACGGUCCUCUAUGCCCGACUGUCCAUCCAGCGCACAUUCCCACCUUUACCACCAGACGCUAGCAUACUCACGUACGGAUACAAGCGUAUUGGAAAGACAGUCAGCAAGGCGCGCAAACUGAAGACGCUUUUUUACUUCCUGUGCACAUGGUUCAUUCUCGGAGACGGCCUCUCUGCAACGUCCAAUAUGGCCAUUUUGAUCGCACAAGAUCAGCUCCAGCUCGGUAAUACAUCCAUGAUAAUUGCUGCCUUGAUCCAGUUCAUCACUGCGGGCGCCGGUAUUGUAUUCUGGAUAUGGGUGCAAAACUCGCGCGGCCUCUCGCCUCUUAAAACCGUCAUCCUCAAUACCAUCCUCUUUGGCAUGCUUCCUGCAUACUGCCUGCUGGGGCUAAUCAAGGACAGCCCCAUUGGUCUGAAGCAUGAGUGGGAACUAUACAUGUUGGCAGCUUUCUUUGGAUUCUUCUCAGGAGCGAUCUAUUCGUCCAAUCGCGUCGUAUAUGCACAACUCAUCCCAUUUGGACACGAGAAUGAGCUGUUUGCGCUGUACGAGAUGUCGUCCGUGAGCUCGUCUUGGAUUGCGCCAUUGAUUUGCACAGCGAUCAUCGAGCGUUCAAGUGUACGGCAUACGUGGUGGUUCCUGGCGUCACAGUUCUUCAUCCCUGCAUUUUUCAUGAUAUUUAUUAAUGUGGACAAGGGUCGUACGGAGGCUACAGAAUUUUACGAAGCUGAGCAACUGAGUCAAAGGCAGCUUGCCGAACACGAGACUUCCGGGAUGGUGCAAGCGGACAACGCCUCUGGUUUUGAAGAUCAAGAGUAA